GAAUCGAUGGAGUUGGGAUCCAGACGAAUCUACACGACGAUGCCGUCGAAGCUCCGAUCUUCUUCACUUCUUCCACGUCUUCUGCUCCUUUCUCUCUUAUUACUCCUCUUCUAUUCCUUAAUCCUUCUCCGCCGUCCGAUCACAUCAAACCUCGUCUCUUCUCCGCCGUGCGAUCUCUUCUCCGGCCGAUGGGUUUUCAAUCCAGAAACUCCGAAACCGUUGUACGACGAGACUUGUCCUUUCCACAGAAACGCUUGGAAUUGCUUAAGGAACAAGCGAGAAAACAUGGAUGUUAUCAAUUCAUGGAGAUGGGUUCCCAAUGGCUGUGGAUUGAGUCGAAUUGACCCGACCCGGUUUCUAAAGCGGAUGAGGAACAAGAAUGUUGGGUUUGUUGGGGAUUCUCUGAAUGAGAAUUUCUUGGUUUCGUUCUUGUGUAUACUUAGAGUGGCUGAUCCAAGUGCUGUGAAGUGGAAAAAGAAAAAAGCUUGGCGUGGAGCUUACUUCCCUAAGUUCAAUGUCACUGUUGCUUAUCAUAGAGCUGUUCUUCUUGCCAAAUAUCAGUGGCAGCCGAAGUCUUCUGCUGAAGCUAAUCAAGACGGAGUGAAAGGAACGUAUCGAGUUGAUGUUGAUGUUCCUGCAAAUGAGUGGAUCAAUGUCACUAGCUUCUACGAUGUUCUCAUUUUUAACUCUGGCCAUUGGUGGGGUUACGAUAAGUUUCCUAAAGAGUCACCUCUUGUCUUCUAUCGAAAGGGAAAGCCGAUAAACCCUCCCCUUGAUAUAUUACAAGGAUUUGAAGUAGUUCUUCAAGAUAUGGUUUCUUAUAUUCAAAGAGAAGUCCCAGCGAAGACCCUUAAGCUCUGGCGUUUGCAAUCACCAAGGCAUUUCUAUGGCGGUGAUUGGAACCAGAAUGGAAGUUGUUUGCUUGAUAAGCCACUCGAAGAAAACCAGCUUGACUUGUGGUUUGAUCCCAGGAACAAUGGAGUGAACAAAGAAGCAAGAAGAAUUAACCAAAUCAUCAAAAAUGAGUUGCAAACCUCAAAUAUCAAAUUACUUGAUCUGACCUAUCUAAGCGAAUUCAGAGCAGAUGCUCAUCCAGCUAUCUGGUUAGGGAAGCAGGACGCUGUGGCAAUAUGGGGACAAGACUGUAUGCAUUGGUGCCUACCAGGUGUUCCCGACACAUGGGUCGAUAUCUUAUCAGAACUGAUUCUCACUAACUUGAAAACAGAGUGAAGACGCUGUCAAGAGUCGAGAACAGAGACUUGCUUAGGCAUAUGGAAGCUCAAAUGUCGGAAAGGUUCCAUCUUUUGGUUUUAACUGUAAAUGAUUUAUCUUUUAAUGAGAUUUUGUAGGAUUUCUUUGUUCCUUUUCCAAGACACACCUUCAAACAAAACACAAACAUUUAA